UUAUCAAGUAUUUGGAAAUUCAUAGUUUUUAUCGACCAUAUCAGUUAUAUCACAUGAUCUUAAGUCACCUGAAUGUUACAAGUGUGAGGGGGUGUGUACGUGUACUUUAGUAUAUACAUAUAUAGUUUGUUCAUCAUUUACCGGUGAAAUAUCUGUAAAGAUGGCUUAUGCAGGAUCUGUUGUCAAUCCACCUCUGCCAUAUAUCGGGGGAAUACCCGGUGGUAUGACAGAUGGUCGACAGAUCAUUGUACAAGGAACUGUACCAUUUCAUGAAAAUGCAUUUACAGUUAAUUUACAGUGUGGUUCAAGUCUAAAUCCUCAAUCAGACACAGCUUUACAUUUUAACAUAAGAUUUAAUGAGAAUUGUGCAGUAAGAAACUCUCUGCAGAAUGGAUCAUGGGGAUCAGAGGAGAGAACCGGUGGGAUGCCAUUUCAGAAAAAUUACCCUUUCGAAAUAAUCAUUUUAUGUCAGCAUCACCAUUACAAGGUAGCCGUUAAUGGAAAACAUUUCUGUGAAUUUCGCCAUCGAAUUGCUAAACACCAAGUGAACACUUUGGCUGUCAUUAGUCCAGCAGGGCAAGUCAGUUCAAUCAGAUUUGAUGGCCCAGGAGCAGGCGGAGGUCAACAUGCAAAGAUCAAGCUUGGUCCCUUUUCAUUUGAAUUUGGAAAUCAUGGCCCCCAACAUCACAAUCCACCACCGAUGCCACAACCUGCAGGAGGAUUUCCACAAGCUGGUGGCUUUCCACCAGCUGGGGCCUUCCAACCUCCACCCCAACAGCCUGCAGGAUAUCCUGGCGCACCAAUGAUGAACCCGCCUGUACCACUUGUUACACCAAUCCAAGGGGGAAUAUAUCCCGGGAAAAUGAUAAACAUAAGCGGUGUACCAAAUCCUACAGCAACUAGGUUUACAGUAAAUCUACAGUGUGGUGCCUAUGAAGGAUCAGACAUAGCUCUUCAUUUUGAUGUUCGAUUUCAAGCUGGUGCAGAUUACAACGUAGUUGUACGUAAUUCCUGUCAGAACGGAAGUUGGGGUGCGGAAGAAAAACAACUACCAUAUUUCCCUUUCAUGCCAAAUGCUAGCUUUGAUAUGAUAGUUCUUGUAGAACAGAACCAAUUCAAGGUAGCCGUAAAUAAUCAACAUCUAUUCGCCUUCAGUCAUCGUAUUCCAUUUCAAAGAGUGGACUCCUUAAUCGUAAAAGGAGACGUGCGUCUUAGUCAAGUACGCUUCCAGUAAAGGAAGAUUGCACGGAGUUAUUUGGUCUAAUUGGAAAACUGUUGGCGCUUAUUUUGUAAAAACUUAGUUUCACACUUUUCAGUCAGAAUUUUGGAAAUCAUAUUUGUUUUUGCUGUACUAAAGUAUUUAUCAACGUUUCUUUUUUUUAUACCAAAUACGUGUACUGUCAGCAAUGUUUUUUUAAUAAAAUUUGUUAUUCUUUCA